AUGCUCUCCCCCGCAAGAGCAUCAGUCAAGGUCCUCGGCGCCACGGGUGAAGUGAUCACUGUCAGCAUGGCGAAUGGGCAGCUUGAGCUGGAUGGUUCGCAAGAGGAACUCUGCACAGUGUUCUGCACGCCCCCGUCGACGUGGUGGACAGAUGUGCACUAUGCAUGCAGCACCAUCCAGCUAUGCACAACGAGGGACGAAGCCGAGCAGUAUCACGAACGUCACGGGUUCGGAAAAGGUGACGUUAUGAGCGCAGAAACCCUUUGGAAGCUUUCUCUGGCUUGGUAUGGUGACAAGCAUACAUACGAGUACACACGCAAAACUCCAGAGGAAGUCAAGGAGCUGUAUAACAGUCUGGGAAUGGCCUCCAGCUACUGGUCAAGCUAG